AUGGCGGCGAUUAUUGUGGCGAGUCUCUUGUGGUUGCCGUCUGCAGACUGCAUCGGUCGGACCACCACCGUGGACGCAGGAUCGGCGGAAGUGGAGUCGGCCACGGAGUCAGCCACGGAGACGGCGGCUUCGGUGGCGACGAGGAGGACGUCCCCGGCUGGCCAGUUUUCCGUGAACAUGAUCCUGCCUUUCAGCAAGUCCACCAUCCGGUAUAGUUAUACGGAACCUACGGCCUUGGCCUCCUCGGUCAGGAUUCCCGUCCAGACGAUGGACGUCGACCAGGCGCACAGCAUGAGCGUGUCGCCUUACGGGUGCGAUACCGCGAACAACAGCCGUGGCUCCGGUGGCCAGCGGAAGCGGAAGCGGGCGCGAUGGAAGACCACUGCUGCGCUUCCGGCGGCGGCGGACGACGAGCAAUCCGACAGCGUCGUGACGCGCAUGCAGACCAACACGGUAGUGCCAUUGCCCGGAUAUCCGACGGCUCAAAGUGGCCAAGGUGUAGUGUUCGAAGCGGCCGCCGAACAGUUGGACCAGCUGUACACCGUCAGCCGGUUGGCCAGCACGGUGAGCGGCAUCGGCGACAACGCGGAAGCGAGCGGCGAAGGCGGCACUACCGACGCCGCGGAAGACAGUACCGUGAAAUGA